UUCAAUUAACUAAAGUUUUUGUUUAAAUCUACUCUCUCAAAUUAGCUUUUAGAAGUCACGUUUUGAAGUCAAGUUGCAAUUGAUUCCUGGUGGAAGAUUAUUGUUAUCUAAAUAUAUACAUCGGAAGCUGCCGUGUCACGUCAUUUGCGGAGAGAAAAUAACGGUUUUGGAGGCUGGAUUUGACUGGCUCUUCAAGCUAUUUAACGUUGAAGCUAAGCCUGCUGCUGGGGACUAUUCAACGAAUGACGCAGCAGCACCUGUUGAACACCGAAGGGAAAAAGGACAAAGGAAAAUACUAUUGUCUCGUCGGUAAUCCCUAGUUUCCUUACAUGUUUUAAUCUGCCUGCUCGAUGAUUGCAUGGGAAAUACCGUUCGUUUCUAUUUUCUUCUGAUCAAAUGAACAAAGGAUGAGAGACUCGAUAGAUGGAAGACGCCACAAUUAAAAGACUGGCUUUCAACGCAAGAAGCCGAUAAGGAACUGAAAGGCUGAAAGACAAUAAUACUGCAAUCAAAACAAUACUGCCUCGUAUUGCAGUAUAUUGGACUUCUCUUGAUCAUAUAGAAUACUAACAAAAAGUCGUAUAUCUCAAACCCGAACUCAGUGAUAUGGCUGAGAGAGCGCAGAACGCACAACGCGUCCAAUUCCAAUUAUCUCUCCAAGCCUGUGCUGAUGCUGACACCCACUUUGCGGGUCAAGAGAAAGAACAAGUUGACAAUAGAACAUUGCUGACGCAGGACAUCCUUGGAAAUAUCACAGCGAUUAAAGAUCCAGGUCAAAUAUUUGGGUACCAAUGUAUACCGAAGACUAAUUGGCAACUUAAUGAAAUAGACAAUGGAGUGAUGGGUUGUCGAUUUUAUAGCGGUAGCGAACGAGGGAAUAGUUCAAUGAAUGCAACUAGGGAUCAAUUGCAUGGGUCCCCAGUCAAUUUAAAUGUCCAACCUAUCAACCAAGAGCAACACUGUUCCAUAGAGUGCUAUGCGGUGGAGAACUGCCGCGCGCAAGCAGACGAUGUGCACAGGUUGGGAUCCCUCUGCUGCCUGGAGGACGCAACUCCAACACAGAACCCCACUCUCUUGUGUGAAGCCAGUGGAGUCGCUGAGAAAGAUCAGUGCCGAAUUGAUAAACCAAUUUUCCAGGCGGGGCAGAGGGAGGGGAACUAUGCGCCUGUCACCUAUUGUAUCACUGAAGCGCUGCCAGCACAUGAACGCGGACAACUAGGUAGCGCGGGACAGACGGCUGUGCGGGUAGAAAGCGACCCAUUCGCCACAAAGGAAAACCCAGCCCUGCAGUCCAGACUGGAAGGAUGGGCGUGUGGAAACGGCGUCUGUACCUCUAACGAGAAGACGGAUUUAGUGAUUGAAGUGUCUGGGAAGAAACUUGACGCCGUUUUGUCUGAGAAAAGUGAAUAUUUCAAGGCGCGGCAGUCCCGAGACGUAUUGCGAGUGAAAGGGAUGAGCUUUAAGACAUUGACAACAUUGGUGGAUUACAUUUACUCAUCCCGAAUGCAGGUUAGUAAGGAUAACAUUGUAGAUGUAAUCACAGGAGCUAAAAUGUUGCAAAUCUCAAGCGCGGUCCAAGCUGCUGUCGAUAUGAUGUCGGAACAAAUUACUGCCGAGAACUGCUAUGAGGUUUUGACCAUAGCCAAAAGGCAACGUCUAAACGAGUUGAAGGAUAAAGCCUACAAGUACAUGAGUGACAAUUACUUGCAAAUACUACGGGAUCCUACUGUCUAUGGGCGUCUGACGGGAGGGGAGAGAGAGCUGAUUCUAACCAGGAGAGUGGAGGGGAAAAGGGCGUUGAUGGUGGCCGAAAUUAACGAGGUGUAUGACCGCGUUGGAAGCAGACCUCCAAGUCGUGAGAACAGUCGCCCCCAGAGUCCUCUCUCGAUGGUUUCUUUGGAGGACAAUCAUGUUAUCUACCAUUACAACGAGGAGACAAAGGAGUGGAAAGUGCUGACGAAGAUGCCGGAUGAAAUCAACACAAAGGGCUCUGGGAUAUGCACUAUGUACAAUUACCUAUUCGUGGCGGGUGGAAUCCAAGGGCAGGGGGACAAAGGAAAGGUCUCAGACAAGGUCUUCUGCUACAAUCCUCUUACUGACAGCUGGAGCGAAAUCAGACCGCUCACUCAGGGUCGGUCUCAACUCAAGCUGGUUUCUAUGGAUGGCUAUCUGUAUGCAAUCGGAGGGGAAUGUCUCUUCACAGUGGAGAAAUACGACCCACGAAUGGAUAGAUGGAGUCCAGUAGCACCGCUACCAAAGGGGGCGUUUGCUGUCGCGCACGAAGCAACAACCUGUAACGGAGAGCUGUUCGUGUCCGGAGGCUCUCUCUUUUACCGUCUGCUAAGAUAUGACAGCAGAAGAGACGAGUGGGAAGAAUGUCCGUUCAACAACAGCAGAAAAAAAUCCACAGACAUGGUCGCGUUCAAAAACUUCAUAUACAGGUUUGAUGUCAACCGUGACUACGGCGUCAAUGUGUUCAAAUACAACACUGUGGUGAAAAUAUGGCAAGAGAGUGCUUCCCUGGAACAGACCAACCCCUUGCCGUUUCGGUGUGCAGUUAUUGGAAACACUAUUUACUGUGUAAACAAGUCCCAAAUAUUGCAAUUUGUUGUGGAAGAGGAGAAUGAACAGUUUUUGCCAGAGGCAAAAGCACUUAAAGCACCUGUAGAGACUAAAGGUGCCCUUGUUCCAAUUGUCUUGGCUUUGCCCAAGACAGUCUGAGAAAAAUGUGCAAUAAUGGCCUUUUCUUUGGAGACUUGAACGUGGCCAAAAAACUUAACACAACAAAGACAAUUGAACAUAAUAAUUUUGAAUGACUAAUUCAAUCAUAUUUUUCCAUAUUCCAUUUUAUUUUUAUUUUUCAUGGACAGUAUUUGUAACUCCAACUAGAGGUCAAUGUGUUUUUGUGUUCUCUUGUGUUUUCUUGUCUGUGCACUUCAACAGCUCAGGUACCAUGUACUGUAGGCCUAUGGGAUGUGUUCAGGCAGAAUUUUUUUCUAAAGCACUGCUAACGCAAUAUUCAUGUAAGUAGAUGUAAAGAUCUCAUUAUUUUAGAAGAUAUCCUCUCUGAGAAGAUUUAGACCAAUAUGGAAAUGUUAGUGCUCUUUCUUAAAAUAGGAAUGUAUCUUGUUGCAAAGCAGUUGUUUCCAAAGGUGGGGGAAAUAUAAACAAUCGGAAAAGAAAAACCUGAUAAUCCUAUGGUUUUUCCUUUUGGCAUCAACUAUUAUGAUCGCAACAUAGGGUUUUAUUGCACAGGGAACACCCCAAAGUGUGGUCAGAUAAUUUGAAGAAAAAACUGAUUUGAUUGUAAAACCACAUCCUUGGUUACAGUCUAGUUUUAGACUGUGGCUUGGAUAUUUCUAGACUGUUUCACAUUUCUGCAGGUGCAUAGCAGCCUAGGAAUCUCUGUAUCCUGACAAGUGAACCCCUCAGCCCGUUGCACUCUAUAGAUCCAUAACCAGAGGCUGAUAUGCUCAUUGUAGAGCAGACCAUAACUGUCUGCUAAUGUCAGUUAAUAAAUGUUAACAUAUUAGUAUCCUUUUGGCCACUGCGUUUUUUGUACACUUCCGCUUCUGGCAGUUGUGCAAUAGGUCUGAAUCCAUCCAUCAACGGACGGCAGUUUGUGAAAGAAUUGUACUCAACAGCAGAUUGUGUAAUUCACUGUUGGGAUGGUUGGUGUUUUAGGACAGCUUCCUUCUGUUGUGCCUGGAAACCGGGCCGGGGCUGUCGACAGCAGUUUGGCACUAAUAUGUGCUUUGCUUUGUCACCCAGUCCAGCCAGCAAGGACAAAGAGAGGGUCAUUUGUUUAAGCCUCAAGGGAAAGGCUUGCUGUUAAAUGAUAAUACGAUCCUGUCUGCCUGUGAAUGAAAAUGCAAUUUUGCACAAACACAUGUGUAUCACUAUACUUGUGAGGACCUUUCUGGGACCAAAAUGUAUUCCCAUUAAAACCAUAUUUCCUCUAACUUUACCACUAAACCUAACCUUUACAACAACUUAAUACCCAUUUUUCUAUGUAAGGACCUGCAAAAUAUCUGAUUAUCUUGGGUUAUAACACACACACAAACACGCAUUUUGAGGCCUAUGAACUGUUGCCAAGUCUCAGUUGGCUCAUAUGUUGAUGGUUUGUGCCUUAAGUCCUGUCAUAUCCACUUACUAUAGGACCUUACAGGGUCUGACGUCCUGCUCAUAGUCUCAAAAGAUCCUAUUCAAAGAUAAUGACAUCCAAAGACAUGUGAAGUCACCCUUAUGUUUUGUCCUAUUCAGUGAAGUGUGCGCAUUUGAAAAUAUUGCUGCUCUUCUGCACCACACCCAUUGCUCAGGGCAAGGUGAGGUUUAAAAGUAACUUUCCACCGGUGUUUCUGAGUGGAUAUCAAAUAUGAUACUGGAUGUUGGAAUGUUGUUUCCCAAAAACAGAAUGACAUGCAAGUUCGGUUUGGCCAGUGGUUGUAAAAGUACCAUUGUCAAGCUAAAAGGGAUCCCUGAAAAGGGAAUACUAUGACUAGCUUUGAAACUUGGUAUGCUAGUGAACCUGUUAGGCCAGUGAAUAUACUAUUCUCAUAUAAACAAAAAAUUACACAUCCAACCCAAUAAUAGCAUGUUAAAAAACAUAUUGUUCAUAGCAAAAAUCCCAGACUGCAUCUUCAAUGGCUAGCUCAUCUUCCUUUAGACUGCUGAUUGGCCAUUUCUUUCUCCUCGAGAGUAGGAUAUUGUACUCUGAGAAAAUGCAGUAGCAAGCAGUUUUUUGAGGGACAAGUACAAAGUAGGGUUUUUAAAUGUAAUCUUUUCCCCUACUUGUGCUUUUGCCACAAAUAAAGAUUUAAGACGAGUCAGUAACAUUACUUGGGCGUAAGUUAACAGAAAAUACUUCUAAAAGGCAAAUAUUUGAGCCCUGUUGUAUUUCUAUGCCCUGUGUGUAGGCUGUUUCUUACCUCAAUAAAUACUUUUUUGACUUUUACUCUCUUUGAUUAUGUAAUGAUCAGUAGUGAUUCCAUUUAUAGAUGGAAUAACAUUGUAGAACGGCAAUGUGCCUUCAUGAGAAAUAUCCUGCUGCGGAUGCCCCUCACAGUCUUGUAUAUUGCUGUUGGGUUUAAAGAUAAAUGAAUGAGCAUGCUGCAUUGCCGUGAGAAAUGUCGUUUGGACCAAGGCAGUCUUGCUGUUGAACAAAUGACAAAAUGCUAAUAACCUGAAUGAAAUACUUGUGAGCUUGUGAGUUAUGAUGUCGGUUGCAUCAUUUUGAACCACUGUAAUAAAAGUGCUCUUGGGACACUUCGCCCGCUCCCUGGCUGUUUAUUUUGCGUUUAUGGGUUGACGGCUGUGAUUGCAUGCCAGCGAACCAGACACACGUGCGGGGAUGGCAGCAUUUCAUCUCCUAAGCAAUCACACUGUACAGCUGGAGCAUCAUGGACUUCCCCAGUGUGCUGAUGGUGGGCCUCAUUUUGGUCCUCAUGUAGGGAACAUUCAAUCCAAUACCGAAUGUCUGCCAAAAAACAGUGCACCUUGGUUCAAUAAAAGAAUGUUCAUUCGUUAAGUGUGUGAUAUUGAAAUGUAGUGCUGUCUUGCUAUCCUUAUAUAGUGCUCAACAAUGCUAGUUUUCCAAUUCUUAUUGUUUUCUUGUAAACAAUGGUCUCUCUCGGUGCACUUAACACAACAGAAACAGCUACUGAUGUAAUUAGACUCAUUUUAGUUGGUCAUGUAGCUGGUGGCGGCUGUAUUUUUAGUCCUACAGAUAAAACCUGACUAACAGCACUAACAGCACUGACAGCAUUCAGUGUGGUUUAAUUAACCAGGCCAGCAGGAUGGUGGGAGCUUCACCGUCUUUGCCCUAAUGACACACUUGGCUCCCAUAGAGUCCCUGUAUUCAUGGAGUAGAUUGAUGUUGGAUUCUUUUCUCAAAAUCUCUGCCUGUCGAGGGUUAAAAUAAGUAUAAAACUACAAAGGAACUGAAUAGAUUUAUGGUACAAUUUGCUUUGGGGGGCAUCUUUGAGCCACAUUGCUAUUAAAAGUCCAAUUGCUCAUUGCCAUGGGAAUGGAGGGGGAGGUUUUAGCCCAACACUUCUCACACUCCUUUGGCUUGGGUGGUGGUUCAACUAGGUGCUGGAGACAAAACACACUGACCCAUAUAAAAGCUGACGUGAAUCUGCUCUUGGUUUACCUAUGUUAACGAACAACAUUUUUAGUUCUUUAGUCAAAUUCACUUGUGGAUCUCAGGUUGGUGCUAUAGGCACAUACAACAAAGUAAACGCUAUUCUCUUGGUUUAUAUAUAUACCUAGGAAUCUUGUUAAAUGACCAGCUGUUGUUUACAAAAA